CUUAGCUUCUAAUCAAAAAUGGCCUUGGACGUUUCAUCCCGAUCACCCGUUCAAUUUCAUUCGAUAUCGCGACUCUGCUCCAUCAGAUUGGAGAUAGUGGCUUUCUCCUCAUGAUUCCCAGAACUCCAGCUAUAUAAGUCCUCUGGAGUAUUCCUCCUCCAUCAGGUUUCUUUUCUCUCUCAUCCCACUCUUUCCCUCUUUCCCUCCUUCUGUCCCUCUUUCACCUCAGUCCUUCUUUCUCAGUCAGUCUUUCCUUUUUUUCUAUUCAGAUAGCUGGUCUUCUAUCUCUGUUCUCUGUCCUUCCAUCCACCAUGAAGUAUACUGCUCUUUUCAGCGCUGCUGUCGCUGGACUUGUCGGCUCCGCCGCUGCUGUCGGUGUCUCCGGCUCUGCUGAGGGUUUCGCCAAGGGCGUUACUGGAGGAGGUUCCGCCACUCCCGUCUAUCCCUCCACUACCGACGAGCUGGUCUCCUACCUUGGUGACAGCGAGGCCCGUGUCAUCAUCCUCGAGAAGACCUUCGACUUCACCGGCACUGAGGGUACCACCACCUCCACUGGAUGUGCUCCUUGGGGAACUGCAUCGGCCUGUCAGGUGGCUAUUAACCAGAACGACUGGUGCACUAACUACGAGCCUGAUGCUCCCUCCGUCUCCGUAAGCUACGACAACGCUGGUGUUCUCGGUAUCACCGUUGGCUCCAACAAGUCCAUUGUUGGUGUCGGUAGCACUGGUAUCAUCAAGGGCAAGGGUCUCCGUCUUGUCAGCGGUACUGAGAACGUUAUCAUCCAGAACAUCGCCAUCACCGACAUCAACGAAAAGUACGUCUGGGGUGGUGAUGCUAUCACUCUUGAUGAUGUCGAUAUGGUCUGGAUCGAUCACGUGACCACCGCUCGCAUUGGUCGCCAGCACAUCGUCCUUGGAACUGAUGCCGACAACCGCGUCUCUAUCACCAACAACUACAUUGACGGUCUCACUGAUUACUCUGCCACUUGUGAUGGUUACACAUACUGGGGAAUCUAUCUCGAUGGAUCCAGCGACAUGGUUACCCUGAAGGGCAACUAUAUCUACCACACCAGCGGUCGUUCCCCCAAGGUUGGAGGAAACACCCUCGUCCACGCCGUCAACAACUACUGGUACGACAACACCGGCCACGCCUUCGAGGUCAUGUCCGGUGCCUACAUCCUUGCUGAGGGCAACGUCUUCCAGAACGUUGACACCAUUGUCGAGACCCCCGUCGAUGGCCAGAUGUUCUCUGUCCCCUCUACCUCCUCCGGAUCUUCCUGCACUGCCUCCCUUGGCCGUGCCUGUGUCAUCAACGGUUUCGGCAGCUCUGGCACUCUCGACGAGACCGACACUGCCUUCCUCACAAACUUCGCCGGCAAGAACAUUGCCAGUGCUUCCGCUUACACCACCGUCGCCUCCAGCGUUACCGCCAACGCUGGUCAGGGCAAGCUGUAAAGGAGAAGCUAACUGGGUUUCUCUUCUUGCUACGGUGACAUUGGGGUCAUGCUUAGGGGGGUUGGAAUGGUAGUAGCUGAUGACGCAGCUUCAAGGAAACAUUUACCUUUCGUGUAAUUAAUUCUCUUCAUAUAUAGGAGACUCGGAUUCUGACUCUACGUUGGGAUUUGAUUCGACGAUCU